GUCUAAGCACAAAAUGCGUGUAGUAACUUCCAAACUCUGUAUCAAAGCUGUCUAUUAAAGUGUGAUAUUUUUGUUCAAGUUUCAACUCGUAAUAUCUCGACAACCAACAAACUAUCCCUUCUGAGCAUCAUUUUUUCUCCUCUGUCAUCCCUUGUACUUGUAAAAUCCAUUUUUCAUUGAGAUUGUGGUGAAUUUCACCAGGCUCAGUCUGCGAAACUCUUUUCAUUUAUAAUGUCAGGCUCAAUGCUGUUUAGCUUGCUACUGCUAACGUGCGUGCCAUGCUGCAUUAUCUCAUCUUCUGCCAACGACCAGCUUCUGGUUAACAUGACUCUGGUCCAAAAUGCUUCGGCCAUCGGAGCUUAUUGCUUGGAUGGCAGUUUGCCUGCUUACCACCUCCACAGGGGGUCUGCGGCUGGUGCGAGUAAUUGGCUUCUGCAGUUUGAGGGUGGUGGGUGGUGUAAUAGCGUCGCUUCAUGUUUGGAUAGAGCUAAAACUCACCGAGGAUCAACCCUUUACAUGGACCAGAUGGAACCUUUCUCUGGCAUUCUUAGUAACAAUGCCUCGCGAAAUCCUGACUUUUACAAUUGGAAUCGUGUGAAGAUCAGGUACUGUGACGGGGCCUCAUUUGCUGGGAAUUCUAUAUUUGACAAUGGGACAUCAUUGCUAUAUUUCAGAGGGCAAAGAAUCUGGGAAGCAAUCAUCCUUGAUCUUCUUCCAAAGGGUUUAAGUAAUGCCAAAAAGGCUCUCCUUGGAGGAUGCUCUGCAGGUGGAUUGGCGGUCUUUUUGCACUGCGAUAACUUUGCAACUUAUCUACCAACUAAUACAAGUGUCAAAUGCUUUAGUGAUGCUGGGUUUUUCUUGGAUGCUAGAGACAUAAUGCUGAACAACACCAUGAGAGCUUUUUAUAAGAAUCUUACCUCCCUUCAGGGAGUAGUCGAUAACAUGGACAAGAACUGCACAAAGUCUGAAUAUUAUCCUGAACAGUGCAUCUUUCCACAGUAUGCCUUACCAUACAUAAAGACGCCUGUGUUCAUCUUAAAUACGGCUUAUGAUGUUUACCAGUUUCAUCACAUACUUGUGCCAACUUCAGCUGAUCCCCAUGGAGUUUGGAAUCACUGCAAGAUAAAUCCAGCAGAAUGCUCCCCAAACCAGAUAGAUAUUCUACAAGGAUUUAGACUGGAGAUGCUUAAUGCUCUGAGAUUCUUCAUUGAGUACUCACGUCGAGGAGGGUUGUUCAUAAACUCUUGCUUUGCGCAUUGCCAAAGCGAGUCAGAGGACACAUGGUCUGGAGCAGACUCCCCAAGAGUGAACAAUAAGACAAUCGCAGAGGCAGUUGGUGACUGGUACUUUGGAAGAAGAGAUACCAUGGAAAUUGACUGUGCUUAUCCCUGUGACAAUACUUGCCACAAUCUGAUAGGAUUACGCUCAAGUUUCAGACAUUACAAUGGAACAAGCAGAUUCAAGCAUUUAACAUAAUACAGAAGCAAGCCAUGCAAUCAUGACAACAAAAGAAGCAGAUUCAGGCAUUUAACACAAUACAGAAGAAAGCCAUGCCAGAUAGAGUGAUAAGCAUAGACAAAUUUGUGAUUUGCUAAUUUCCAUUACAUUUUAUAUCAAGAUAUCAUCUAGGGGUGAACAUAAACCCGUUCAACCCGCUAACCCAACCCAAACCGACCCUUUUUUAGGCCGAUUAACCCGACCCGUUCAAAACCGA